CAAAAGGGAAAUCCUGAAAAUGAGGAAGUCCCUGUGGUCUGCAGUUCAUUCUACAGGGAUCUGAGGUGAGGGUUGAUCGACACGUGUUGCUGGUUUAGAAUGUCACUGUUGUCUCUCAAGGUCGGCUCAUUAGAACAAUAAUUAACUUAAGGCUAAAAGCCGAAAGGUCAAAGGUCGUUUCAGAGCCGAGGAUUCACUCCGCGCGGUCGGGACCAAGUGAGUACAUGUUUUAUGACUCGUGCAGCUGACUGACCGCAUUGUGAAGCCAGUUUACAGGUAAAUGCAGCGGCUUCAUUCCUCCAGGUGAACUGUGUGUCGUGCACAGACCUUUGAAAGUGAACUACUGAACGCAGGGCUUUAGAAAACUGUGAUUAGUCUGAAUGAGAGACUUCUGGGAGGCAAUAACAGCACAAACUAAUGUUUUAAAGUGAAAUAAGUGAGUGUUUGAGACCCGUGAUGUGCAACAUGCUUCGUGAGCUCUUCUCCAAAUGCCCAGAUGAGUGAAAUGUCUCCUGGAACUUUGACCCUGCUGCCUGCGCUGUGUGUGCACUCCAACCGUAGAUAAGCAGACGAGGUCGACAGAGGUUGAAACCUAAAACCAGCGUCACAACGGAUGAGACCUGAGGAGAGGGAAACAGAAGAGAUGCAUGAUUCAUCUGGUCGAGUUGUUUAAGGCCUGCGAGCCUCAGUACCGGGGUUAAAGGUGUCCCUCCUGCAGCCUCCCAGCCAUGGACCAGCUCCUCGACUCCUCUGCCGGGCGGACGGUGGAGCGCGUGUCGGCCGUCCUGGGCUGCAGCACCACCUCGGCUCAGGUGGCCGCGUACCUGGACGAGCGCGACAGCCUGAGGCACCUCAGGGAGGAGUUCCUGGUGCCCACGAUGCAGCAGCUACCUCAUUCCGACCUCUCGCUGGUCGACGGCGCCGAGGAAUGCAUCUACCUGGCGGGGAACUCCUUGGGGCUGCAGCCCAGGAGGGCCCGGCAGUACCUGGAGGAGGAGCUGGACAAGUGGGCCACAAUGGGCGUCCACGGGCACACCAGAGGCUCCCGGCCCUGGGCCUGGGCGGAGGACAACCUAGAGGGCGCCAUGGCGGGAGUUGUUGGAGCGAAACCGGAGGAGGUGGCGCUGAUGAACGGCCUGACGGUCAACCUGCACCUCCUGCUGCUCUCCUUCUACAAGCCCUCGGCCGGGCGGCACAGGGUCCUCCUGGAGGACAAGGCCUUCCCGUCGGACCACUACGCCGUAGAGUCUCAGAUCCGGCUGCGAGGAUUCGACCCCGAGAAGAGCAUGCUGCUGCUGACCCCCAGACCGGGGGAGGAGACCCUGAGAACAGAGGACAUCCUGGAGGUCAUCGAGCGGGAGGGCGACUCCAUCGCCGUGGUGAUGCUCAGCGCCGUGCAGUACUACACCGGCCAGCUGUUCGACAUGGCGGCCAUCACCGAGGCCGGCCAGAGGAAGGGCUGCUCCGUGGGCUUCGACUGCGCCCACGCCGUGGGCAACGUGGAGCUGCGGCUGCACGACUGGGGGGUCGACUUCGCCUGCUGGUGCUCCUACAAGUAUGUUAACUCGGGCGCCGGAGGACUCGCCGGGGCCUUCGUCCACGAGAAAAACCGACAUUCCGCGGAACCCGCGCUGUUGGGCUGGUGGGGUCACGACCUUCACACCAGGUUCCAAAUGAACAACAGGAUGGAGCUGCAGCCCGGAGUUAAGGGUUUCCGGCUGUCCAACCAGCCCGUGCUGCUGGUCUGCCCCCUGCAGGCCAGUCUGGAGGUGUUUCAGAUGACCAGCAUGCAGUCGCUGCGCAGGAAGUCCGUCCUGCUGACGGGAUACCUGGAGCACCUGCUGCAGCGGCUCUACGGCCGGGACCCGGCUCGGCCCCACGGGCCCCACAUCCGCAUCAUUACGCCCUCCGACCCGCAGCAGAGGGGCUGCCAGCUGUCGCUCUGCUUCUCCGUGCCCGUCGCCGACAUCUUCCAGGAGCUGGAGAGGAGGGGCGUCGCCUGUGACAUGAGGGAGCCCAGCGUGCUGAGAGUCGCUCCGGUGCCGCUCUACAACAGCUUCAGUGACGUCCACCGCUUCAUAGAAACACUGGGAGAAGCCCUCAAAGCCAAUGGACUGGGAGAGACCUCUGGACUGGGAGAGGCCCCUGGACUGGGAGAGGCCCCAUAACUGGGAGAGGCCUCUGAACUCAACACAGUGAACCCACCGACUGCUGCAGACUAAGGACGCUCUUAUUUUGAAAAACAUCUGCUAUUUCACUUAAUUGAAUCAGCCUCGUUAUCUUCUCCAUAUUCUGUCUUUGUCCUUGUAGAAUUUAAUAAUUUACUAUAUGUCACACUUGUUAUUAGAGAAUUUCUAUGAUGUAAAUGAUAACCUCCAUCAGCUGACCCAGGUGCAGGUCAGAAGGUGUGACCUCCAUCAGCUCCGUCCUUCUAACUUCAUCUGGAGAACAAAAUAAAAGUGGUAUAUGAAAUAUUCAUGACAACAAUAA